GUGAGUUGCAACAGCCAAUAGUGCAAAUCUGUGUCAAUGCCCAAACACGAGCUCCCUCACACUCUCUCACACAGACACAGUGUAUAGUAGUUUAUGGAGAUGCCUACAAAAAAUGUGAACCGAAAAUAGAAAAGAAAUGAUGUACUUUUGAAAUGGACGACCAAGACCACUAGACAUCACUCCACUACACAACACACACCUUCACGUUCCUACUCAUUUUUACUCUCACUCACAAACUCACUCUCUUCAAUUUCAAUGGCUUCACCUCCCUCCCACAUGAUUAUCAUUAUGUUGUUGUUGCUGACAACAGCCUCAGGGUGGGAUGAAAAGAAAACAUUCAUAGUGCAAGUUGAGGAAGAAGCAAAACCUUCCAUUUUUCCAACGCAGAGGCACUGGUACGAGUCUUCACUCCACGACUCGGCUUCCAUUAUUCACACCUACCAAACGGUAUUUCACGGUUUCUCUGCAAAGCUGUCACUUUUGGAGGCGCAGAGGCUGCAAUUGCUCUCGCAUGUCGUAAGCGUGAUUCCGGAGCAGGUGAGGCAGCUCCACACCACGCGCUCCCCUCAGUUCUUGGGCCUCAAGACCGCCGACAGAGCCGGCUUGCUCAAGGAGACCGAUUUCGGGUCGGAUCUCGUAAUUGGAGUCCUCGAUACUGGCAUUUGCCCCGAAAGACAGAGCUUCAACGACCGCGAUCUUGGUCCCCUCCCCCCCAAGUGGAAGGGCCAGUGCGUCGCCGGUAAAGACUUUCCGGCCACCUCCUGCAACCGUAAGCUCAUCGGAGCCCGCUACUUCUGCGCCGGCUAUGAGGCCACUAACGGCAAGAUGAACGACACCUUGGAGUACCGUUCUCCCAGAGACUCCGACGGUCACGGAACACACACGGCUUCCAUCGCCGCCGGCAGGUACGUCUUUCCGGCGUCCACCAUGGGCUACGCCAAAGGAAUGGCCGCCGGGAUGGCUCCCAAGGCUCGCCUCGCCGUCUACAAGGUCUGCUGGAACGCCGGCUGCUACGACUCCGACAUCCUCGCCGCAUUCGACGCCGCAGUCGCCGACGGCGUCGACGUCGUGUCACUCAGCGUCGGGGGCGUAGUGGUGCCCUACCAUCUCGACGUGAUCGCCGUGGGGGCCUUCGGAGCCUCUCAGGCCGGCGUCUUCGUCUCCGCCUCGGCCGGAAACGGCGGUCCCGGCGGCCUGACGGUGACGAAUGUGGCACCCUGGGUGACCACCGUUGGCGCAGGAACCAUAGACAGAGAUUUCCCGGCCGAUGUGAUGCUGGGGAAUGGCAAGUUGAUACGCGGGGCGAGCGUGUAUGGUGGACCGGGUCUGAGUCCAGGUCGGAUGUACCCGCUGCACUACGCGGGUUCUGAAAGUGGGGGUGACGGUUACUCCUCGUCCCUUUGCUUGGAAGACUCGCUGGAUCGGAAGCUGGUGAAGGGGAAGAUUGUUGUGUGUGACAGAGGCGGAAAUUCAAGAGCUGCAAAAGGGGAAGUGGUGAAGAAGGCAGGGGGAGUUGGGAUGGUUUUGGCGAAUGGAGUGUUCGACGGUGAGGGUUUGGUGGCUGAUUGCCACGUGCUUCCCGGCACGUCGGUGGGUGCGAGCGGCGGCGAUGAGAUUCGGAAGUACAUCUCUUUGGCUUCACAUUCAAGGUCACCCCCAACUGCCACUAUCCUAUUCAAGGGUACGAGGCUUGGUAUUAGGCCCGCCCCCAAGGUUGCUUCCUUUUCUGCCAGAGGCCCCAACCCUGUCUCUCCUGAGAUUUUGAAGCCCGAUGUUAUUGCUCCUGGGUUGAACAUUCUUGCUGCUUGGCCCGAUAGAGUUUCCCCUUCUGGGCUUUCUUCAGAUGAGCGUAGGACUGAGUUUAACAUACUGUCUGGUACUUCCAUGGCUUGUCCUCACGUUUCUGGUUUGGCUGCUCUGUUGAAAGCCGCCCACUCCGAUUGGAGUCCUGCUGCUAUUAGAUCCGCUCUCAUCACCACUGCUUACACUGUUGAUAAUGGUGAUGGGGGAGGCCCGUUGUUGGACGAGUCCACUGGGAAUGUGUCCUCCGUAUUCGAUUACGGGGCUGGGCAUGUUCAUCCAGAGAAGGCCAUCAACCCUGGCUUGAUUUAUGACAUCUCUCCCUACGAUUAUGUCCAUUUCUUGUGCAAUUCUAAUUAUACUGCCACCAAUAUUCGUGCCAUCACCAGGAAGUCUGCGGAUUGCAGUGGGGCAAAGAGGGCUGGUCACGCAGCCAAUCUCAAUUACCCCUCUUUAUCUGCUCUUUUCCCACAGUAUGGAAACCAAAACUUGUCUACACACUUCAUUAGAACUGUCACUAACGUUGGAUACCCAAAGUCCGUCUACAGAGUCACCGUUACACCACCUGCGGGGACGGUGGUGACGGUGGAGCCAGACACCCUGUCUUUCAGAAGGUUGGGUCAGAAAUUGAACUUUCUGGUUAGGGUCCAAGCAAGGGCAGUUAAGCUUUCCCCUGGAAGUUCGGCCUUCAAGAGCGGUUCCAUAGUUUGGUCUGAUGGCAACCACACUGUGACCAGUCCCUUGGUUGUCACAAUGCAGCAACCUCUCUAAUGCUCUCGCCUGUGCCCUUUUCUGUAUAAAUUAUUAAAUUUGGACUUUUGCACUUUUUUCCUUCUUAGGACUCUUACAAAGUUGAAGUAGCUCUGCUCUCCAUGCAUAAUAGUGAAAGCGUUUCUGAAGGAUAUCCCUUUCCUCAACCUGCUGCAUUGUACGAAGGUAUAUACUGCUUGUUGUAGAAAGAAAAUGCUGCGUUAAGAGGAGGAGCGGCAUAGUGGAAAGAUUCCCAUCUUUAUACUUUGUUUAGUCAAAGAUUUGGUAAGCCGAACACCUGUGCACGGAGACGCUAAUGUUUUUUUACAUAUUAUGGAUCUCUCUCUGUAGGCCAUGCCAAGUUAACCGGAUCGUCAACCAACAACUUCACGUCGUGAUAAAUAGAAACAAGACAAUU